UAGACUCCAAUCCAUUUUCAUAAUAUUUAUAAUCAUUAAUGAUUCCCUGGGGAAAUUUUCGGCGAGAGAUAAUUCUACAGUUAUUUCUGAUACGAUGUAAAAAGCAAUUAAUGAAUGUUUGAAUGAAUUGAUGAUCGGUAUCUCUCCAGAUCAAUCGAUCUGGCCAUCAAGUGCACAUUAACUAUUUCUAGAGCUGAUGUUCUUCAGGUUUUGACAGUAGAAUGUCUGACAUUUAUCAAAGUACACGUGAGGCCGCAGCAUUAUGGUCAUAAAAACUCGUGAAUUCACCACAAUUGCCCUGGUCUUUGUUAUUUUGAAUGGGAAUCAGGGACAGAUGCGUCCACCACCGUCACCAUUGACACUCCAAUUGAUGGUGGAAUACGCUAAGUUCAGAUCCUGGGAGCAGAUUGUGCUGUUUGAUGAUUUAUCAAAUGGGAAUUACGAAAUAAUGUAUUAUGCAAAAGCCCUCAUAAGUUGCCUGAGUGACCAGGGAAUGAGUAUAUCAAUUCAAUCAACACUCACAAAUAAACUACCAGAAGCCCUGAUUAUUCGAAGACACAGAGUUGGAGCAAUCGUUCUCCUCGAUCGAUUGAAUCACACGUCAGCAGAAAGUGUUUUAAAAACCGCGUCGAGCAAACGACUGUUUGACUAUUAUAUAUCCUGGUUGUUAAUAACAACCGACUCCAAUGACACGAGUAUCGAUCUGAUUCUGAGGAAUUUGACAAUUGGAAUUAAUUCGGAUGUUGUCGUUGCAACGUCAAGUUCCAGUGCUUACGAUGUGAAGAAAGAGAUAUUCAAUUACAAAAACAGAGAAUUUCGAGAAUACAUUAAAUCCUACAACUUCAAGUGGAACAAUUCACACCAAGUUAUUCCCGAUAAUGUAACAAAAAACCUGGAGUACUCGUCGAUGGAGAAUCGAUCGAUAUCGUACUACCUUGUCCACACGUACAAAAUAAGAAUCAAUGAUAAUUCAAGUCUUGUGGUGGAUCCACUCGGGUACUGGAAUCCUGGAGCUCCAAUGCUCAAACCCCCAAUAAACGUCGCCCUCAGAAAUAAUUUUUUUCAACUACCGAUGAUCGUGGGCAUUCUGAAUGGCACGAGUGACGAUCAGAACGGGGAAAUCACGUCGUACGAGGAGGAACCGAGUGAAGAUCAACCAAUGAACGAUUUUAUUGGUUUUCUUGCCCACAAUUUGAACGCAAGUCUGAACAUUGUACCGCACGAGAAACUUGGUACCCUAACUAACAAAGUCUGGAGUAAUCUCCUGGGUGACGUGUACACUGGAGCUGUGGACAUUGGGCUCGGUUACAUCACAACCAAUGAAGAUCGUCAUCGAGACAUGAGCUUCACUCAUCCUCUGAUACGUUACACGAGAAAUAUCUACAUACGACCACCCGAGUCAGGCACUAUGAGGGACAUAUUUCUUCAGCCCUUCAACAAUCGUUUACUUCUCUGCGUUGCACUCAUGCAAUUUUUUAUUAUUGUCACCAUUGGCUCGAUCAAUUAUGCGGCUAAUAAUGUACUCAGCAAGCAGAGGGGGAGACAGACUGGCAUUGGGGAGGCCACCUUGUGGUGCACUAGUAUUAUGUGCAUGCAAGGUUCUCCUUGGACUCCGUCCACCCUCUCCGGGAAAACCGCCCUCUUAACAAGUCUAGUAUUCGCUCUAGUGACGUACAAUGCAUAUGCGGGCUUCAUCACUUCGAUUUUAUCGGUCCAAGCCGCGGGGAUAAAAACCCUGGACGAUCUCCUGCACAAUAAUUUCAAGCUGGGGUACAGCGACGUGGACGACGAGUACAUGCGAAAUGCGAACGACAGUGCGUUACGUGAGUUGUAUAUUAAGGCAUUUAAUGGACGCGAAUCGCGAUUGAGCACUAGCAAGGGCCUUCAGAGGGCUGUGGGGGGUAGGUACGGGUUCUUCGCGAGUGCCACACUGGCCCGACGGGCCCUCAGAACGUCUCUGAUUCACGAGAGAUGUUCAUUGAAGGAAAUUGAGAUUAAACACACCUUCACAACUGUUGCACUGCCAAUGGCACAGUACAGCCCUUACGAGAAGAUUAUUAAUUUGAGUAUAUUGAAAAUGGAUGAGUGUGGAGUUAUCGAUAAAAUAAGAGAGAAGAUGCUGCCUGAUAUGCCGAGGUGUCAAGACGCUACGACCUUUCAUAGCGCAAGAAUUGCCGAUGUUUAUUCAGCAUUUAUCAUUCUUGCAAUUGGCAUUGUCACAUCACUCGGCCUAGGAGUGAUAGAGCGCAUUUGGAAUCAGCGGAGAAUAGUCAUCUCUAAGAUUAUCGGAAAGGUCACUUUCCGGAAGAACAUCGAGGCACCGAGGAAUCGCUCAAUGAAUGAUUAUUUUCACGGGGCUUCUGUCAACUGGUGGAGGCACUCCGUGAGAAAAAACUCCAGAUUUCCUCAGGGAAAACGCUUUCCUAGAGCUUUUAAACCCGAAACUUUCCCAUUUCAUCAUUAAAUAUUU